CUCGCCUGUCAUUACGACUCCAAACUCAAUCGGGAGAAGACAUUUCUGGGCGCCACCGACUCGGCCGUCCCCUGCGCUCUCAUCAUACAACUGGCCCUCACUCUCGACAAAUAUCUCAAAAAGUCAAACAGUGACACGACUUUACAACUGGUGUUUUUUGACGGCGAGGAGGCGUUUGUCCAGUGGACUAACGAGGACUCGCUGUACGGCUCCCGGCAUUUGGCCAACAAAUGGAGUCGCAGUGCGUAUCCCAAAGAGCUGAAGAGCCGGUGCGCUAACGGCACGACUGGCCAACCGGUGCGCGAGUUGGACAGAAUCGAGUCACUAAUUCUGUUGGACUUAAUUGGGGCACAGAAUCCACGAUUCUAUAGCUUCUAUCCCAACACUAAACCGCUAUUCAAUCGGAUCGUAGAAAUCGAGAAAAAGUUAAAUGAAAUGAAUUUACUGGAAACAAAAGCGAGUGGUAAAAAGACCGCGUACUUCAACGCCCGGCAAACAUUCAACUACGUGGAGGACGACCACAUGCCAUUCCUCAGACGCAACGUACCCAUUGUGCACGUGAUCGCCACACCAUUCCCGGCCGUUUGGCACCGGGAGUCCGACAACAGAGAGAAUCUGGACUUUCCUACCAUUCGUAACGUAUUAAAGAUACUUCAGGUGUUUGUCGCCGAAUACCUUCAUCUCAAUGUCGAGUAGAAGUCAAUUGUAAGACAAUUGAUAUGAAGAUAAUUAGGUUUUUGUUUUGAUUUGAUUUUGUUUUU